UUUUCUUUUUUUUUUUUGCAACCUCAUGUAUAAGGAAUGAAAACAGACGAGAAAGAGUUAAAUUUCAUCACAUGCAUCAUUUCCUGUAUGCAGGUUUCACUGCAGGCGCCUUUUAAUCAUCUCCGACCCCUCCAUCUCACACACAUUCCCUCUUCCCCCUUUUUCCCUUUCACUUCUCUUUUUCCUUCCUUCAUGGGGGCUGUUCAGUGGGGCUGGACUAGUUCUUACAAGUUUCCUGCCUGCCGCACAUCUGGUAGAGCUUUAUCACUGAUGUCCAGCGCCCAAGGAGCUUGAAGAAAGCAGAGCAGAGAAAAGACAUAAAGAGCACCCUGUCCAUCCAGGUCUUUCCUCUCGUCUCCUACAACUUCUCUAUCUGGUGUCUCGUUUCGGCAUGCUUUCACAAAGACUGUUGCAUGAAUUCAGUCCUCUAUCUACUGAGCUUGUCUUGAUUUGGAGCAGAGACACAGGUCUGUUGACAGUUUGCCUCUGUCCGUGCGGACAGGAAACCUGAGUGUGCUGAAGAAACGCUGGGAAAAGACGCCUCAGGAGAAACCUGCUCCUCAGCUGAGCGUGGCACCUGUGAACCGUACAGCUCAGUCUGCCUCCUGCAAACCCAGCAGUCCCCCAGAACCACCUGCUUCCUCCAGCAAACCCGUGCGACAGGCCAGCCUGAGCCAGGAGCCAACGUCCCAUGAGAGACCUGCAAAAACAAAGGCAGACAUGGAGACUAAACAAAAGAAGUGGGCAGAAGAGAAGGAAGAUAUCGAAACUGCAUCCGAUCCAUUCUCUCCAACUUCCCCUGUGGAGAAACCAGCCUUGCCUAUGAACAACCUCAAAAUGAUGUUUGAAAAGGGCAAAAGCAAGGAACAAACAGAAGCGAACAGCAGCUCAGAGGAUAUGGACACACAAAUGGCCAACAAAGGUACGCCAAGUCUGAAGCGCAGCGCCUCUGUCAGGGACAGGUUGGCGAAAUAUCAAUUAGCAGUCAACAGACAGGCUGUUACUGUGCCACGCUCUGCAAAGCAGUCAGAAACAGAUGACAGUGUUCCCUGUGUGGAUCAUAAGGAGAUUGCGCCACCUGCUGGUGAUGGACAGACAGUGAACACACUCCCGCCAUCAAAUUGUGCAAAGAUCAAUGGAGAGCAUGUACACACACCGAGUCCCAGUACUGCAAACCCUGUGUCAGAGAGCAAGGACCCUCCUAAAGUGCCCAGGAAAUUUAAUCUGCCUGUCCAGGAAAGAUGUGUGUCCUGCCAAAAGACUGUUUACCCGGUGGAAAAACUUAUUGCCAAUCAGCAGAUUUACCAUAAGACCUGCUUCCGCUGUGCCUUCUGUAGUACCAAACUUAGCUUGGUGUCUUACGCUUCCCUGCAAGGCAGCAUCUACUGUAAACCUCACUUCAAUCAACUUUUCAAGUCUAAGGGCAACUAUGAUGAGGGCUUUGGCCUUCGACCACAUAAGGAAAUGUGGACACCACGAACAAACGACGAGGAACCUGAGAGAAGUGAAAACUCAAAGCCCAUCGUGGCAGACCCUGUGAAGCCUACAGAGCAACUGAGACCCAAAGUGGAGGAGUCACGACCAGCCAAACUCACUGACAUGACUGCAGCUCAAGAGACCAGAAGUCAGAUGACCAGCUCCACGGAAAAAGCACAAACCACCUCUAUGGAAACAAGGAAACUGAGAGUCGCGUGGCCACCUCCUGCAGACAGUGAUGGAAGCUCCAAAGUCUCUAGCCCAACUGCUGAAGUCGGAAAGGGUCCAUCCAAGUUUUUCCGAGGAAAGUGGCCUCCGGAGGAGGAAGCUCCACCUGCUCAGAAGAGCUCUGAAAGAGCAGAACUGAAAAGCCUGCGACGUAGUUCGUCUCUCAGAGAGCGGAGCCGUCCCUUUUCUGUGGCACCAAGCUUGGCAUUAUCAAAUCCUUCACAACAAGAGGCACAAUCUUCUCUCAAGACUCCUUCGGUCAGACGAGGCUCCCUUGAGGAGCUUCGCUCGCUGUCAAAGGUGAAAACAGACAAAACCGAAGUGCAAAAUGAGGCGAAAAUCCCAGAUAAAAAGACAAAGGACAAUGACAGCCAAUCCAAAGAGGAUGUUGAGAGUCCCGCCAAGAUUGAGAGUAAGGAAAAGGCACCCCCUUCUAUUCUCAAACAGACACAACAAACGAAAAAAGAGGUUGUGCCACAACAAACAAAAAAUGAAGCUGAUCUACAACAAACAGAGAAGGAGUUUCAGCCAAAACAAACAAAAAAAGAGCCUGAGGAAAUUCAGCCAAAACAAAAAAAAAAUGAAGCUGAUCUACAACAAACAGACAAGGAGUCUAACCCAAAACAAACAAACAAAGAGCCACAGGAAAUUCAGCCAAAACAAACAAAAAAUGAAGCUGAUCUACAACAAACAAAUAAGGAGUCUCAGCCAAAACAAACAAAAAAAGAGCACGAGCUACAACAACAGGGGGGUUCGAAAGAUCAGGAGAAACUGGCGAAAUACUCCAACACUUUUCCUGAGCUCCAGGAAAAGUCCCAAGACACACCCUCUCCACCUCUGGAAGAAAAGGCCCAUAGGAAAUCCCAGGAUGUGGGCUUCUGGGAUGGCAAGGAGGCGGAGGAGUCCCUGACUGUAGAGGAGAUGAUCAAGAGGAAUCGUUACUAUGAAGAUGAAGAUGACGACGAGGAGGAAGUGGCAAUAGUUUGACAAAACAUGUCAUUGACAUAUAUACCAACUUUUAUUUAAUCUGAAAAUAUAUAAAUGGUAGAGAUUUGAAAAACCAACAUAAAAAAAACAAGUACUUUAUUAUAACCAAGUAUAUAUAUGUGUGUGUGUGUUUGUAUGUGUAAUGUGUGUGUGUGUGUGUGUGUGUGUGUGUGUGUGGUACUGUAUCUUUUUCUUUGGACCACUUUCUUAAAAGAGCUUGAAAGUCUUCUUUUUCCCCUUGCCAUUUGUUUUAAUUUGAUUGCUGUAUAAAAAAAAUGACUUGUUUACAAAAAACUUUUUAAAAAUCACUAUUAUUGUUUCUUAAUCUAAUAAUGUGUUGUGUUGAUCCCAAUGAAUUAACAAAUCUAAAGAAUCAUAUUAUUCUCAGCCUUUGACAGCUAAUCAAUAAGUAUAACAGCCAAACACAUUUUGAUUAGUCUUCUUGCUCAUAUUUUAAAGCGUUUUCAACUGUUUUGGACAAUUAAACAAUAAACAUUAUUUGACUGAAACUGAA